CCCUCGCUAUCCACUUCUGAUUGUCUUUUACAAUUAUGUUUAAUUUGUAUUGCUCACUCUCACGCUGCGUUUCACAACAGCCCUUUCUCGUCCGCUCCCUUUUGUCUGUCAUAGUCAUGCCCUCCCUCUUUCACACAGACAGAUGACAGUUCCCCUAUCUCUCAGUGCCUCUGUUUCACAUGGGCACUUGUUUUGUAUUGACUGCUUUUAGCUCGCUGCCUCAAUCUGAGUGUUCCCUUUUCAACACUUUUACAUAUCACUCACUUUUUUUGCCAUUUUUGUUUAAUCAGUCGCUUCUUUUUGAGUGGGAGUUUUUUUCUGCUUCUUCUUUUCUCGUGGUUGGCUGGUUUUUGCUCUGCUUGUUUACUCAAUCAGGUGGAGGUGUGGUGGUAGAGCGAGUGAGAGACACAGAGAGAGCGAGUGAGUGAGAGACAGAGGGAGAGGCGCAGCUGCUGCUCUACAGCUCGCUCGUCCGGGGUGUUUCUGGCAGUGAACAGAGCGGAGCCUCUCAGGCAGAGAGAGAGGCUGCUCUGGGCUCCUCUUUUUUGUGGGGCAAAGGCGCAGAUAGAACCCCUCCUCCAGCCUGACAGUCAGCCAGCCGGCUGGCCAGCUGAGCCCCAUGGGACUGUAGAGCUCCGGGACUUUCACACAGAUGCCCCUACGGAUCCAGAGGGUCAGCGGAGGGAGCCAGAAAGAAGAUCAGGCUUUCACCAUGAUCCGGAAAGAGGCCAAAAGUAGAAAGUCCCGUCAGGAAGGGGGCAGUACGAUGAAGAACAGGCGGGCGAUUCAAAGGAGAAUGACCUGUCCGAGUCCUCAGGAGAUCAAUCGGGUACUGCAGAGUCCCUCGGCUCCGUCCAUCACUCGCUCCGCCAACCUGGAAGAACUUAUCCAGCGCUGCCUCCACUGCUUCGACACUGAGGGGAAGCUGAGCAGAGGGAUCCAGCUGGUCAAUAUGACCCUGAUGAUGCAUAACUGGGUCGUGCCAUCACACGUCUUCGCCCAUAAGCUGCUUUCUCUAUAUAAGGACUGUCCUGUGGACAAGAGGGCCCAGAGACGACCUCAGAUCUGUCACUUUAUCAGACACUGGAUAGCUCAGUUUCCUCUGCUGUUCGAGACUGACCCUCUGCUGGAGGAGGUAAUGGGAGAUCUGUGGGCGCUGGUCAGGGUUGAGAAGGACUCCCACUGCCAGCUGAUCGACACACCUUACCUCAAUCCUCCAGUGAAUGUGUCCCAGGCUCCAUCACCCUUGGUGAAGAAGAGGAAGGUCUCGCUGCUCUUUGACCACAUGGAGGCCGAUGAGAUGGCGGAACACCUCAGUUAUCUGGAGUUCAAAAACUUCUGCAGUGUUUCAUUCCUGGACUACCGCAGCUACGUGGUGCACGGCUCUGUGAGAAAUAACCCGGCUCUGGAGCGCUCCGUCAUGCUGUGUAACGGAGUGUCCCAGUGGGUCCAGCUGAUGAUACUCAACAGACACACUCCACAACAGAGGGCUGAGGUCUUCACAAAGUUCAUUCAUGUAGCACAGAAGUUGAGAGCUCUGCAGAACUUCAACACUCUGAUGGCAGUGAUAGGGGGUUUGUGCCACAGCUCCAUCUCCAGACUCAAAGACACGGCAAGCCUGCUCUCCUCUGACAUCACCAAGAGCCUGAGUGAGCUGACAGAGCUGCUCUCCUCCUACAGUAACUACACUAACUACAGACGCGUCUAUAGCGAGUGCACUGGCUUCAAAGUGCCCAUCCUGGGCGUCCAUCUCAAAGACCUGAUCUCCCUGAACGAGGCGCUGCCGGACUACCUGGAGGAUGACAAGAUCAACCUGGGCAAGCUGCAGCACCUGUACAGCAACAUCAGCGACCUGCUAGUCAUCCACAAGUGCAAGCCGCCCUUCGAGGCCAACAAGGAUCUGCUGCACCUCCUGACGCUCUCUCUGGACCUGUACUACACUGAGGAUGAGAUUUACGAGCUGUCUUAUGCCAAGGAGCCCAAAAACCCCAAAAUACAGCCUGUAACCCCUGUGAAGCCCCCCGUGGUUGCAGAGUGGGGGUCAGGCGUGGCUCCUCGACUUGACCCUGACACCAUCUCCAAGCAUGUCAAACAGAUGGUGGACUCCAUCAUGAAGAACUACGACCUGAACAUGGACGGCUACAUCUCUCUGGAGGACUUUGAAAAGAUAGCUGCAAACUUCCCCUUCUCGUUCUGCACGCAUGACAGCGACAGGGAGGGAGAGAUCAGUAGAGAGGAGAUUACGUCGUAUUUCAUGCGAGGGAUGUCAGUGUGUGCUAAGCUGGGCUUCAACCUGCACAACCUGCACAACUUUCACGAAACCACGUACAAGAGGCCCACCUUCUGCGACACCUGCGGUGGCUUUCUGUGGGGAGUCAUAAAGCAAGGCUACCACUGCAAAGACUGUGGAGUGAAUUGUCAUAAGCACUGUAAGGACCUGGUGGCAAUGGAGUGCAUGAAGAGGUUCAAGGUUUCUGGAGGUUCCUGUCCCUGUACUCCAGGCCCAGGGUCCGGCCUCAGGCCAAAGGGCAACAGCUGGAGUUCAGAAGAAGACACUUUUGUGUUCCCUCACGGAAACGGAUCAGAGAACUCCAAAGGUCACACCAGCCCAGAGAGCGACGCAGAAGGGGCUACACUGUCUGACCGGUCCACUCAGACAGAUCCCGGAGUCUGGACGCCAGAAGUAGCAAACCGCAAACUACAUUCACCUGUGGAAAGGAGUGCCACGCUGCCGGCAAGAAUGAGGGGCUCCUCUGCCCCCAGCUCGUUCCUCCAGGAGAAGAUGGAAGAGCUACAACUGCACAAAGACAAGCGCAGAGAGCCGGACUGAAGCUCGCAUGGCACUACACUUACAUGGCACCUA